GGUCCUUCGCGCGCUUCUGUAUUCUGUUCCGUCGCAGCCUCCGCCGCCGCCUGCGCCCCCGCUCCGGUCUGUGGUGUAGCCGGGACCCAGGACCAUGUCGCUGUCACGCUCCGAGGAGAUGCACCGGCUCACAGAAAAUGUCUACAAGACCAUCAUGGAGCAGUUCAACCCCAGCCUCCGCAACUUCAUCGCCAUGGGGAAGAACUAUGAGAAAGCCCUUGCAGGCGUGACCUUCGCUGCCAAAGGCUACUUUGAUGCCCUGGUGAAGAUGGGAGAGCUGGCCAGUGAGAGCCAGGGCUCCAAGGAACUUGGAGACGUCCUCUUCCAGAUGGCUGAAGUGCACCGGCAGAUCCAGAACCAGCUGGAAGAGAUGCUGAAGUCUUUUCACAAUGAGCUCCUCACACAGCUGGAGCAGAAGGUGGAGCUGGACUCCAGGUACCUGAGCGCAGCACUGAAGAAAUACCAGACGGAACAGCGGAGCAAGGGUGACGCUCUGGACAAGUGUCAGGCCGAGCUGAAGAAGCUCCGCAAGAAGAGCCAGGGCAGCAAGAAUCCACAGAAGUACUCAGACAAGGAGCUGCAGUACAUUGACGCCAUCAGCAACAAGCAGGGUGAGCUGGAGAGCUACGUAUCUGAUGGCUACAAGACAGCCCUCACCGAAGAGCGCCGAAGGUUCUGCUUCCUGGUGGAGAAGCAAUGCGCCGUGGCCAAGAACUCUGCUGCCUACCACACCAAGGGCAAGGAGCUGCUGGCCCAGAAGCUGCCGCUGUGGCAGCAAGCCUGUGCCGACCCCAACAAGAUCCCAGACCGGGCCGUGCAGCUGAUGCAGCAGAUAGCCAGUAGCAACGGCGCCAUCCUCCCCAGCGCCCUGUCGGCCUCCAAAUCCAACCUGAUCAUCUCAGACCCCAUUCCUGGAGCCAAGCCCCUGCCGGUGCCCCCAGAGCUGGCACCAUUCGUGGGGCGGAUGUCUGCUCAGGAGAAUGUGCCCGUCCUGAAUGGCGUCGCAGGCCCGGACAGCGAGGACUACAACCCCUGGGCCGACCGCAAGGCUGCCCAGCCCAAAUCCCUGUCUCCCCCGCAGUCUCAGGGCAAGCUGAGCGACUCGUACUCCAACACACUUCCCGUGCGCAAGAGUGUGACCCCGAAGAACAGCUACGCCACCACUGAGAACAAGACUCUGCCGCGCUCGAGCUCCAUGGCGGCCGGGCUGGAACGCAACGGCCGCAUGCGGGUCAAGGCUAUCUUCUCCCACGCGGCGGGUGACAACAGCACCCUGCUGAGCUUCAAAGAAGGCGACUUCAUCACCCUGCUGGUGCCCGAGGCCCGCGAUGGCUGGCACUACGGCGAGAGCGAGAAGACCAAGAUGAGAGGCUGGUUUCCCUUCUCAUACACCCGGGUCCUGGACAGCGAUGGCGGGGACAGGUUGCACAUGAGCCUGCAGCAGGGCAAGAGCAGCAGCACUGGCAACCUCCUGGACAAGGAUGACCUGGCCAUCCCCCCUCCCGACUACGGCACGUCCUCCCGGCCCUUCCCCACGCAGACUGCCGGCGCCUUCAAGCAGAGGCCCUACAGCGUGGCUGUGCCCGCCUUCUCCCAGGGGCUGGAUGACUACGGAGCCCGGUCUGGGAGCAGCAGCAGCGGCACGCUGGUGUCCACAGUGUGAGGAUGUGAGCCGGCAGCCGCUCCGAAGAGCCCCUCCCCCGCCUCCGUCGGUUUCCCUCAGCUCGCGUUGGUUUGUUCUUGGGUUUUCUCCCCACCUGCUCCCGCCUUUUGGUUGGUGACCCCAGACUCUGAUCCCCCAGGGUCCAUGGUGCUGCUCCCUGCGCCCCGCCCCCUGCUCGGCCACCAUCCGGGGGCCCGGCCUUGAGCAGACAUUGCCAGGCAGGGCCUGCGGGCCCGGUGGCCAGCAGUGACCUCGCCCUGCCCAGCCCUGCCCUGCCCUGCCCUGCCCUGCGGUGUGCACAGCGCACAGCCCUUUUCUCAGGCUCGCUGCGAGCCAGCCUAGAGCUCGAAGAAAAAUUCUAAAAAAAAAAAGCAAAAACAAAAAAGGGGGGCACAGGGAAAGGACUUCUUUCCCUGGAACACACAGAUAUGCAUGGACUCUGGUGUACGUACUGUUAUCCCGCAUCCCACCCUGGCGUACCGGCUCUUCUAGAACAGGGAGGGGGCUCAGGCUCAGAACCCCACCUGCCCCAGGCCCCUUCCAAGGGCUGCACCAAGAAAGGGGGCUUGUGCCACGCUUGGGGGGGGCGCCUCCUGAGGAAGCUGGCCACUCCUGUGAGGGAGACCCCAGCCCCGGCCCUCCUGGCCCUGCCCACCAGGCCAGGCACAGGGCCUCUCGGUGGACCUCACUGGCCAGGUGUCCCGAGCGCGCGGCGGCGCCCGGGGCGGGGUGGCGUACCUCACGCGGUGUGCGGGCGGGGGCGGGGGCGGGAGCAGGCGCUGCCUGGCCACACGCAGACAUUCCAAAGACCUCCAGAGACGACCCCACCCCACUUGUUUUUGGAACUUGUUUCUUUAACCAGCCUUGUGAGGAAGUCACAGCCCCCUGUGGCCACUGGGCUGCAGGGGGCGGGGUGUGCGUGGCCGGCCUGGUGAGGCUGGCCCCAGGAGGGCUCUGGGCAGGCUGCCCCAUGCCUCCGGCCCUCGGGGAGCAGCGGCCCCCGCCCCGCUGCCUCCUAAGCACUCUCGUCUUUUUGUGUGUCUCGGUGACUUUAGAAGCAAGCACACUGGACUCAGUGGCUACUGGUUCUGUCUCUUCACACACUGAAUUCUGGGCAGCCGAGCCAAGGCACGGCGGGGUCCGCACGCGGCCGGUGGGAGCCCCUUGUGAAGCGGUGGACGCGCCUCUUUCCAGUGUGGUUUAGCUAAACCCUCCCGCACCCCUGCCGAGGACUAGAAUGUGGCCCGUGGUGUCCGCGAGUGGCCGCUCCGGCAGACAUGCCCUGUUUUAUAUUUAAGGAAAACACAGCCAGAACCUGGACCUGUGUAAGAAACCUUCUGUGUCGUUCUGACUUUGCUAAAAGAUUUUAAAUCCAGGGGACUCCAUGUGCAAUGGACGAAUGUAGACACAAGUCAGCAACACUCGUGUGAAGAUGUAAAGUGCUGAAAAUAUUUUUUUUUCCUUUUUCCUUUCCUUUUUUUUUUUAAAUCUGAAUUGUGCCCUGUACUGCAGUUAACCGUUUGAAUAAAAGUUUUAUUUAUUGCAUCGA